AUGUCUUUCGUCGCUCCCGAUUACGCUCUGCUUCCCUCAAAUACUCAUAACGACGCAGACGACUCCAGUAACGACUUGGGCUUUGAUGAAAACAAUGCAGAACAUACAGGAAAAUUCGCUGCCUUCCUGGCUCAAUUAUCUAAUUUAUUUCACCGUAAUGUUGGGCUGCUCUUGAUUGUUACUGCACAAGCAUUCCUGGCUCUGGUGAAUGUCGCAGUAAAGAAGCUCAACACGAUAGAUCCCCCCGUACCAACAUUCGAACUGAUCUUCAUUAGAAUGGCGACAACUUAUGUGUUCAGUAUCGCUUACAUGAAAUAUACAGCAGUAGAAUCUCCUUUUCUGGGACCAAAAGGCGUUCGAUUUCUUCUAAUGUUCAGAGGCUUUUCUGGAUUCUUCGGAGUGUUCGGAAUUUACUUCUCCCUAAAAUUCCUUUCUCUCUCCGAUGCCACCGUUCUUACCUUUCUCUCACCACUUUGCACCGCUGUUGCCGGAGCGUUAUUUCUCGGCGAAACUGUCGGAAGGAAAGAGAUUUUUGCUGGACUGUUCAGUUUGAUUGGGGUCAUAUUCAUAGCCAGACCAACUUCCCUCUUUGGACACCACGGUCCAAGCUUGGAUGGGACCGCCCUUUCAAUGAAUUCAACCAAUGCUUCAUCCGUGCUUAUACAUGGAAUGAGUAUAAAGAACGCCACUUCUUUUUUAAACAGCACCUUGAACGAUUUACAUGCAACACAGACAAUAGCAUCGCCUUCUGCGACACCGACCCAGAGAUUGAUAGCCGUUGGUGUAUCUCUACUUGGUGUAUUAGGAUCAACUGGUGCAUAUACCUCCAUUCGUGCCAUUGGGAAACGCGCACACGCUCUCCAUUCCAUGGUCGCGUUUUCUGGAUACAGUGUGAUCGUGAGUGCCAUAGGUCUGGUAGUCACUCAUACGCCCGUUGUCAUUCCGACUUCUCCUAUAUGGCUUCUCCUCCUCCUUGAAAUCGGUGUAUUCGGAUUUUGUGCUCAGAUUUUCUUGACUCUUGGUCUUCAACGCGAAACCGCUUCUCGUGGAACACUUGCAAUCUAUACUCUGAUCGUCUUCACCAGCCUUCUUGAUCGUAUAUUUUUCCACAGCGCACCCUCCUUACUUUCUGUGCUGGGCACGUUGAUUAUUGUAGGAAGCGCCUUGUGGGUGAUUGUCACGAAAAAGAAUCAGAAUCGGAAAUCUCUACCUAUCAAGGGGGUUGUAGGUGUAGAUCUUCCAGAGGAUGAAGGCGGUGAAGAAGAAAUUUUACUGAAAACUGUAGAAGAAGCUAUAGGAAGAGAGAGCGCUUCGAACUCAGAUCAUGAUGUGUUCGAGGUGGUUGUGCAAAACGAGACGGCAGGUCUUGAAGAUUAA